AUGGACCUCAUAGCUGAUUCAAUGCCACUGAAGAGAUUCGAAAAAAUUAAACGUUUCUUGCAUUUUGUGGACAAUGACAAAAUUCCUGAUGACAACAAAGAUUUUUUCAUCAAAGUUCGACCCGUGAUUGAAGCCCUUAAUGAAACAUUUCAAACAUGCAUGUCUCCCCCAGAAUUUCUUGCUGUAGACGAGGCCAUAAUUCCAUUCAAGGGUAGAUCAAGAGCUAAGCAGUACUUGAAGAAAAAACCCAAAAAGUGGGGUUUUAAAUCCUGGGUGCUAGCUGCUUCCAACGGAUAUGUCUGUAAGUUUGAAAUGUACCAGGGAAAGAGGCAAGAAUCUACGUCUGAUAUGGGUGUUAUAAGUGAUACUGUGUUGAGACUGUGUUCUCAUAUCAGUGGAAAAAAUCACAAAUUGUUUUUGGACAACCUGUUCACCAACUACAAAUUGCUCAAAAUAUUGAAAGGCAAAGGCAUUGAGGUUGUUGGCGUUUUUCGUAGUGACAGACUGUAUGGAGCAGAUGCAAGCUUGGAAGAACCCAAACAAUUUGGUAAAAUGAAAAGAGGCUCAAUGAAUGUUGUUACAUCUGAAGACAACAUAACAAUUGUCCAGUGGAAGGACACAGGAAUUGUUUAUGUUGGCUCAACGUUUGCGGGCAUACAGCCAACAGACCUAGUUAGAAGAUGGGACAAGACAGAAAAAAAACAUGUCAUGGUAGACCGUCCUUAUUGUGUACAAAUCUACAAUAAGUUUAUGGGAGGGGUUGACCUUAGUGACAGAAUGGUUGCCCACUACCCCCACUCUCUUAAAGGCAAACGCUUCUAUCUUAGAAUAUUUUUUUAUCUAAUGAAUGUUGCGGCAGUAAAUGCUUGGAUAAUUUUUAAGGAGAAAACCAACUCAAAGAUGCCUUUUGUAGAUUUUAAGGCCAGUAUUGCUAAUGCAAUGAUUCAAACAGCCUGCAACAAGAGAAAAGUUGGUAGGCCACCCUCCAUCACCCCGCCUUUGAAAAAAGAUGUCGCCCAGGAGUACUACAGGAUGUUCGGUUUGAUGGAAAAGACCACUAUCCUUUCAAAAGUAAUCCUGGCCGCUGCAGGGACAAAGCCUGCACGAGCAGAACCCGAUAUAAAUGUGGAAAGUGUGAUGUUCCUGUCUGCCCAGAAUGUAUGGAAAACUUUCAUAAAGCAAACUAAAACUGCAUAA